GUUUUACCGGUAACGCUUGGUCAUACGGUCUUAGAUUCACACCUGAACCACAUACUCCUUUUGUUACUUGUAGUUUCUUCUCAUCUCCCCAUACUUCAACACUUAUUACCACCCAUUGAAAGCAGCCUCUGCUUCUCUACAGAUUGGAGAGGCUCAUUAAGAGUGCAAGAGACAGAGAUGGGGAAGAUGAGCCAGAGGAGACAAUGGAGCUGUGUGGUGGGGUGGUUCGGAAUUUGCCUUCUUCAGUUAUUGCUGCUUGCUGAAUGUACAGUGAGAAGACAAAGAAUAACAAAGAAAGGCUUCCAAGACCUGGAGUCGUAUCCUCCAGUUCGGUUGCAUCUGCUAGAAAAUCACGUUGUGAUGGAUAAUGGCCUGGUGAAUGUUACACUGUCUGUUCCUGAGGGUAUGGUGACAGGGAUAGAGUACAAUGGCAUUGCAAAUUUAUUGGAAGAAAGAAAUAAAGAAAAUGACAGAGGGUAUUGGGAUAUUGUUUGGAAUUUACCAGAAGCUCAUGGGAAUAUCUUUGACAAGUUGGCAGCUACUAGCUUGAAUGUGGUUUUGGAAGAUGAGAAUGGAAUAGAGCUUUCUUUCACCAGAACGUAUGAUGAUUCCAUUAAUGAGGCACAACUUUCGCUGAAUAUUGACAAAAGGUUCAUUUUGUUGCGUGGCUAUCCUGGAUUUUACACAUAUGGGAUUUUUGAGCGUUUGGAAGGAUGGCCUGAUAUCAAUGUCUAUCAGGGCCGUACAGUAUUCAAACUUCAGGAGAAGCUGUUUGAAUACAUGGCUGUAUCUGAUGAAAGGCAAAGAAUAAUGCCAACAGCAGAUGAUAGGGCAAGAGGUCAGAUUCUUGACUACCCUGAAGCUGUUCUUCUCACAAAUCCAAGCAAUACAUUUCUCAGAGGAGAGGUGGAUGACAAGUAUCAAUAUUCCAGUGAUAACAAAGACAAUCGGAUCCACGGGUGGAUUUGUCCAGACCCACCCACUGGAUUUUGGAUGAUUACGCCGAGCAACGAAUUCAAAACGGGUGGGCCUGUCAAGCAAGACCUUACCUCCCAUGUUGGCCCAACAAUUUUAUCCAUGUACUUCAGCACCCACUACGCUGGAGAGCCCUUGGCGAUGACAUUUCGUGAUGGAGAGCCCUGGAGAAAGGUUUUUGGUCCUGUUUUUGUUUACCUAAAUACUCUUCAAGAAAAUGAUACUGAGCCUCUUUCCCUCUGGGCCGAUGCCAAGGAACAGAUGUUAAUAGAAACUGAAAGCUGGCCAUACAGUUUCCCACUCUCGGAAGACUACUCUCUUGAUUAUCAACGUGGUAGUGCUAGUGGUCGAUUACUAAUCCAGGACAGUUACAUAAGUGAAAGGCUAAUCACUGGGAACUCUGCAUAUGUGGGAUUGGCUGCACCUGGAGAUGCUGGAUCUUGGCAAACAGAAAACAAGGCCUACCAAUUUUGGGCGGUAGCGGAUUCGGAGGGUUACUUUCUGAUUAAAAAUGUCCGACCGGGGAACUAUAGUUUAUAUGCUUGGGUACCUGGAUACAUUGGUGAUUACAAAUAUGAUUUCUAUGUCAAUAUCCGUCCAGGAAGCAGAAUCACACUCGGGGCUUUGACAUAUAAUCCCCCAAGAAAUGGUCCAACAUUGUGGGAAAUUGGCAUUCCUGAUCGGACUGCUAUUGAGUUCUUCAUACCUGAGCCAAGUCCAAGGCUGAUGAAUCAACUAUAUUCAGUUAACCAGGCAGAAAAGUUUAGGCAGUAUGGAUUGUGGGAUCGGUAUUCAGAAUUAUAUCCUUCCGAGGAUUUGGUUUUCACAGUUGGUGUUAAUAACUAUCAAACAGAUUGGUUCUUUGCUCAUGUAAAUAGGUACUUGUCACUGAAUGUUGGAAAUAAGACUUAUGUUCCAACAACUUGGCAAAUAGCUUUUGAUUUGGAUAAUAUUGAUUUCUUUGGCACCUAUAUGCUUCAAAUAGCUCUGGCAUCAGCAAAUGAGGCUGAAUUACAGGUUCGAAUCAACAAUCCAGAUGAAGAGACUCCAUAUUUUACAACGGGCACGAUUGGCAAGGACAACGCAAUUGCUAGACAUGGUAUUCAUGGAUUAUAUAUGCUGUAUAGCUUAGAAAUCCCGGGCUCUCAGCUACUGUUUGGUAGAAAUAUAAUAUAUCUCACACAGUCAAGAGGCUCAAGUCCUUGGAGAGGGAUCAUGUAUGAUUACCUUCGUCUUGAAGGUCCACCUGAAUAUACAUGAUGUACGAGUAGCAGGAGAAAGGGAAAUUGGUCAUCGUACUUGUUCAUUUUUUUUCUUUAAAUAGAAAGGCAUAAAGCAUAAUUGGAUAUUCUAGUUCUCAGGAGCUUUAGAUUAUUCCUAGAAGAUGAUGAGAGAAGCUUACAGCCAUUGAGACUGGCUGUUGAUUUUGUAAGAGCUCUGUUCUUAUCUCUAGUUAGCAUCUCCUGGCCUUGUAUCUUUUUUCUUUU